GGAAGGGCCAUGUGUUCUGCAAAUACAGAAAAUACGCAAUGUUGCUGCACCAAAGGAUAAUGAAGAAUCUCAGGCUGCUCCUAGAAUGUUACGUUUACAGAUGACUGAUGGACACACAAGCUGCACAGCUAUAGAAUACAGUAACAUGUCAAAAAUAAGCCUGAACACUCCACCUGGAACAAAAAUUAAGCUUUCAGGAAUUGUUGAAGUGAGAAAUGGAUUCUUGCUGUUGGAUGACAGUAACACAGCAGUUCUUGGAGGUGAAGUGGAGCAUCUUAUAGAAAAGUGGGAAUUACAAAGGAGUUUAGCAAAACACAAUAGGAGUAACAUUGGAACAGAAGGUGGCCCUCCCCCUUUUGUACCUUUUGGGCAGAAAUGUGCAUCUCACGUGCAAGUGGAUAGCAGAGAGCUUGAUCGCAGAAAGACUCUGCAAAUGACAAAUAUUGUAAAAACUGUUGCGGAUAAUGAUGAAUUUGAAAAGCAGAGAACAGCUGCUAUCGCAGAAGUAGCAAAGAGCAAGGAGACCAAGACGUUUGGAGGAGGUGGUGGUAGUAGCAGAAGUAAUCUCAGUGUGAGUGCUGGAGGGAAUCGAAACAGGGAACUGUUCCAGAAAGAGAAGAUAACAAAACCUGAGGGAAAAAAUGAAGGUGUCUACCGAGAACUGGUUGAUGAAAAGGCUCUAAAACACAUAACAGAGAUGGGUUUCAGCAAAGAAGCAGCAAGACAGGCACUUAUGGAUAACAACAGCCUAGAGGCGGCAUUAAAUUUUCUUCUGAACAGCAGUAAACAGAAACCCAUUCAGGGACCACCACCUAGAGGUAAAGGGAAGGGCCGAGGCCGAAUAAGAGCUGAAGAUGAAGAAGAGCUAGGAAACGCCAGACCGUCUGCACCAAGCACGCUGUUUGAUUUCUUGGAAUCCAAAAUGGGUACUCUAACAGUAGAGGAACCAAAAUUGCAAUUUCAGCCACCACAUCAAGUACAGCACAAAGUUAUGAAUACAGAACAGAAUGGCGUCAAAGAGAAUCAUUCAAGACAUGUUUCUCGCAAUGACAUGAGACAACCAAGGAAUGAGAAACCCCCUCGUUUUCAAAGGGAUAUUCAAAAUUCAAGGCAGGCUUUGGAAAGUGGUGGGUUACCAAGAAACAGAGGUCCUGAAAGGCACAACUCUUUAGAACAUUGGACAGAUGAAAAAAAUAAGAGUGACAGACAUUAUCCUAGGAAUGACAGACCAAAGGAUAUGGGUUAUCCCGUAGCUACUCACCAGAGUGAUAUUACUUUCAAAAAAAGGGAUAACAAUAUGCAAAACAGAGUAGGAAAAGGGGUGUCUUUCACAGAAUUCAAGGAGAACUCUGCUCAAGAUACUACAGACAACAAUAACCAGAAACGCGGGAAAAGGGAAAACCAAAUACAUAAUUCUGAAAAUUUUUGUGAUAGGAAGGCACGGACAAUAAGUAGUGAAGCCUUUAUGGUAAAAAGUGAGCGACAUUUUGAUGUUAAUAGUGAUUACCAAAAUCCUGGUAGAACUGAUAAUUUUAAUGCUGUACCAAAUGGAGAUACUGAACAUCAUCAGAAAGGAAGACGAAUAGGACCUAUCAAAUCAUCAGGACCCACUACGAUUCCAUCUUUUGAUGAUAAAAUGUUAUAUUACAACACUGGUCCCAAAAGGAGAUCUGGGCCCAUCAAACCAGAGAAAAUAUUAGAACCAUCGAUUCACGUGGAGUAUGGGAAAAGUUGGAGACCAGGGGAUGAAUGUUUUGCUCUUUAUUGGGAGGACAACAAGGUAUGCCUUUGCUAA